ACUCUAGUGUGGAAAGUGUAAUUUACUCUUUCUUUUUCGUCAACAAAGACGCACUAGGUUUUCGACCAAGGCUUGUUGCGUUGGACAUGGCGGUACCGGCAGAGAUGGCGAAGGCCGAAAGCGGCGAUACAUCAACUACAAGGAUAUAUGUAGGAGGUUUAGGCGAAAGUGUGACGGCGGAGGAUUUGAAGAAGACAUUCUCAACACCACAACUCGGAAAAGUGGAAUCUAUGGACAUCGUUCGAACCAAAGGCCGCAGCUUUGCUUACUUGGAUUUACUUCCUUCUUCCGAUAAAUCCUUAGCCAAGCUUUUCAGCACGUAUAAUGGAUGCAUGUGGAAAGGUGGGAGACUUAGAAUAGAGAAGGCAAAGGAGCAUUUUUUCCUACGUUUGAAACGUGAAUGGGAAGAAGAUGCUGCACUUGCCACUACUUCUGCCCAUCUUCCCAAUACAGAAGAAGAUGCCCAUCUUGCCACUGCUGCAGCCGAAAUGAAAAACUCCCUUAAAUAUCAGAAGAAAGGGUCCAAGAUGGAUGAAAUGCAGCUUCGGAUUUACUUCCCUAAGUUAGGAAAGUUAAAAUCAGUGCCUUUUAGAGGAACUGGCAAGCACAAAUACAGUUUUCAGCGAGUGGACAUUCCUUCAUUACCUAUCCAUUUUUGUGAUUGCGAAGAGCACUCUGGUCCUCCUGAUACAACAAAGCAAAAAUCAUUUGUUGAUUAUGACUCAAAGAAUGUUGGAAUCGAUGAGAAAGAAUUGAACAUUAUGAACUCAGUGUUGAACAAAAUUUUUGAGCGAGAGAACUACUCUGAGCAGGCUCCUAGGGGUUUUAAAUCAUCUAAGGUAGUUCGAGGCUCAAAAGUUACAGUUGAUCAUUUGAAGAAUGAUAAGAAUCUAGUCAACCAAGAAAUGGAAGAUGAUGAUAACCUCAUUCUCAAUGUGGUGGCUGGUGCAAAUGAUAGAACCACUGUGUUAAAAGAUCCAACACAGGAAGCAAUGACAGCUAAUGAUAAUUUUGUCGACCAAGAAAUGGACGAAGAUGAUGAUAACCUUAUUAUAAAUGUAGUGGCUGGUGCAAAUGAUAAAACCACUAUGUUCAAAGAUCCAACCCAGGAAGCAAUCGCAGCUAUUCAGAAUUCGCUAUCCAAGGAAUCACGACUUGCUACAGAUAAACAAAGGCAAGGAAGGAAGAUGUCUUCAAAGAGAAAAGCACCUGCAGAAGAUGAAGAUGGCGAGGGACAUACUUUGCCAUCUAAACCUGAAGCAAAGAGAAAAGCACCUUCAGAAAAUAGUAGAGCCACAUUGCCGAAGAAGUCUCCAUGGAAAGAUCUCGUUAGUGCAAGUAGUGGUGCUACGUUCAGUGUAUCGGAUAUUCUGCCAAGUGCUAUUCCUGGUAAAGAGAUGCGGUCUGGCUCUGAAGGUGUUAGCGUGUCCUUCUCUGACAAAAAAGAUGAGAAAGUAUCAGAUCAGCAUGACAAAAAAGAUCACAUUAGCGCGAUUAGUGGUUCUACAUUCAGUGUAUCAGGUACUCUGCCAAGUGCUAUUCCUGGUAAAGAGAUGCAGUCUGGCUCUGAAGGUGUUAGUGUGUCCUUCUCUGACAAAAAAGAUGAGAAAGUAUCAGAUCAGCGUGACAAAAAAGAUCUCGUUAGUGUAAGUAGUGGUGCUAUGUUCAGUGUAUCAGAUGUUCUGCCAAGUGCUAUUCCUGGUAAUGAGAUGCAGUCUGGCUCUGAAUGUGUUGGCGAGAAAGAUGAGAAAGUAUCCGAUCAGCAUGAAGAGCUGGGUAAAGUUGCUGAAGAUUCAACUGACAAUGUUGAUGGCCCUGUGGAUCUUUAUGCCAGAGGUGCUGCAUGGCGACAAAAAUUAUCGUGGACACAGUUAGUUCGUGAUACCACCAGUUCAUUUAGCAUUUCACAGGUUUUGCCUGGUCUAAGUUAUCCAAAACCAGAGUUGGCAGUGAUGGGAGAGACUGUAAAGGUUCAAAAAUGUAGCAGCACGGGUAAAAGCGAUUUCCAAGAUACUUCUACAUCUGAGGAAGGGACCAAAGCUGAUGCUCUCAGUGUCCCUGGAACUAGCAGUGGGGGUACCAUAGUAGAGGAGCAGAAGAAUGUUCAUCUCAGUAAAGAGAUUCCGCAGCUGGACAAUUAUCAGCAGAAAGGAGAAGUAAUGAAUGAAGCCUUGGCUCCAACUCCUGAAAAGAAACACCUAUCUGCACCAAAACAAGCAUUUGUAGGAGAUACUAGCUUCAGUGAUACUUGUUCUUUCAUGAGGAGUGCUGCUUCAAUGAAAGAGUGGACAAAAACAAAAGCAGCACUGAGUGGGUCACUCAAGAAGAAGGCUAACGAGAAAAAGUAGGGGAGAUUUCAGAAUAGCUUCUUGUAAGAUGUGACUGCUUCAAGUUACGUAGACGAUGCAUUAGGUGCGUAAUUCUAAUUUCAAGUCAGUUGUCCUAUUCUUGAAGCUACAGCUUUCCAUUUUAAGUUUAUAUGUGGAUAUUCUUUUGUCUGUAGCCUGUGUUGCAUUGUAGUUUGCUUAUGGAAAGUUAUAAAGAGAAGAUGCCGUGUAUUUCGAAAAGCAGAGAUAUUAGGAUUUGGUAAAUGAUUGUUCCUUUGGCACCAGUCUUAUGAAGGCCGCAUGCAAAAGUCAUUGCGGGUGCUAAACUGUGGCAGCUCUUAUAAUAUGUCAAGCGAAGUACUAAAUACCAUAGCAGUAUGAGAUUCCUUUGAUUUUUGUCAUAUGCCUAAAACAUGGAAUAUACAGAUUUUGGUUGUUGAUCUCAAACUUCUAUUUGAGUAGAAAGAGCAGAAAUUUUGAGAAGCUGUCAUAUGACUUUGGAUCGAAGAGACUGCAGAAUUCUGUAAUUGAGUCUGUAUAGCCAUCUCGGGAAGGCAAUGUUUUAGUCUGUAUAGCCAUCUCGGGAAGGCAAUGUUUUUUUAUUUUAUUUUUAUUUUUUUUACAUUGGAUGAAUUUUCUUUUUUUUUGAGAAAUGUUGGAUGAAUAAUUCUUGAGCAACAAAAUGUUUAAGACUUGAGAAAAGACUAAUAACAACUGAACCGUCUCACCUGAAUGCCAAAAUUGUUGAAUUUGUGUAA